AUGCAAACUGAAAACCGAAAACCGAAAACCGAAAACUGAAAAAGCCAAUUUGAAAAUACUGCGUGAGUUGCUGGCGACCGCAAACACCCUGUGAAAUCCAAGCUGAUUCGAUCCCCUGUGCAACAACAAAGUGACUCUCUUUGCCCGCUCUUUGGGCAGUGUGCGUGUGUGAGUAAGUCGGCGUGUGCGUGUGCCCGCUGACGGACGUCUGUGUGCGUGUGCGGUACGCAAGUAAAAGCGAAGGAACUCGAAUAAAAGUGCUCUGAAUAUAAAAAGUAAAGAUAUAAGAAAUAAAGACGCAAAAUAAAAUAAGAUUAAAACAAUCAAGAGGGUGUCACUCAGAGGAGUGAGGAAAACAGACAGAGAAAGGUCGGUGGGUCGAGGCGAUCGACCCCACUGCACCGCCUUUACCCUCGCCGCCGCAGUUCGAGUGCAACGCGUCCAAGAUAACCGUAAAUAUUCCACCCCUCCCCCAAACCCCAACCAUCCCGCUGGCGUGCGCUCUCUACGACCCCCACGAUGUCUCGGCAGUCGGGUCGCACGCCGCUGCCGGGGCGUGGUGGGGGCAUCACACACACACCCACACCCACGUACCCACCGCCCCGCACCCGCAUCCGCAUCCCCAGGCGCAUCCCUCCUUGCCCGUCAUGCAGCAGCACCACCUGCAGCAGCAGCAGCAGCAACAACAGCAGCAGCAGCAGCAGGAGCAGCAGCAUCUGCAGGAGCAGCAGCAGCAUCUGCAGCAACUGCACCACCAUGCGCACCACCACCUGCCUCAGCCUCUCCACACCACCAGCCAUCACCACAGCGCGCAUCCCCACCUGCAGCAGCAGCAACAGCAACAGCAGCAGCAGCAGCAUGCAGUCGUCGCCUCCUCGCCCUCCUCAGUGCUCCAGCAGCAGCAACAGCAGUCAACUCCCACCACACAUUCCACGCCCACGCAUGCGGUCAUGUACGAGGAUCCUCCGCCUGUGCCACUUGUCGCCGUGCAGCAGCAACACCUCCCCGCUCCGCAGCAGCAGCAGCAGCAGCAGCUCCAACAGCAGCAACAACAGCUGGCGACAACACCGGUGGCCGGCGCCCUCAGUCCCGCCCAAACACCCACUGGACCCUCCGCCCAACAACAGCAACAGCAACAGCAGCAGCAACAUCUCACAUCGCCUCACCACCAGCAACUGCCACAGCAGCAACAAACCCCAAACAGCGUCGCCAGCGGCGCCUCCUCGAAUCUCCAGCAGCAGCAACAGCAGAAUGCUGCAGUUGCUCCUGGCCAGACGCAGAUCGUUGCGCCGACCACGGCGAGUGUUUCUCCCUCCAGUGUUAGUUCGCAGAAGGAAGACAUCAAUAUGUCCAUCCAAUUAGCGCCACUGCACAUACCCGCCAUCCGGGCCGGUCCGGGAUUCGAGACGGACACCUCGGCGGCGGUCAAGCGGCACACGGCACACUGGGCCUACAACGACGAGGGAUUCAACCAGCACUACGGUUCCGGGUACUACGACCGCAAGCACAUGUUCGCCUACCCCUACCCAGAAACGCAGUUUCCGGUUGGUCAGUACUGGGGCCCCAACUACCGCCCCGACCAGACCACCUCUGCCGCGGCGGCGGCGGCCUACAUGAACGAGGCGGAGCGCCACGUGAGCGCCGCCGCCCGCCAGUCCGUCGAGGGCACGUCGACGUCCAGCUACGAGCCGCCCACCUACUCCUCGCCGGGCGGACUGCGCGGCUAUCCCAGCGAGAACUACUCCAGCUCAGGAGCCUCUGGUGGAUUGUCGGUGGGAGCGGUGGGUUCUUGCACGCCCAAUCCCGGACUGCACGAGUGGACCGGUCAGGUGUCCGUCCGGAAAAAGCGCAAGCCGUACUCGAAGUUCCAGACCCUGGAGCUGGAGAAGGAGUUCCUUUUCAAUGCGUAUGUCUCCAAGCAGAAGCGCUGGGAGUUGGCCAGAAAUUUGCAGCUGACCGAGCGACAGGUCAAGAUAUGGUUCCAGAAUCGGCGCAUGAAGAACAAGAAGAACUCACAGCGCCAGGCCAAUCAGCAGAACAAUAACAAUAACUCGAGCAGCAACCACAACCACGCGCAGGCGACCCAGCAGCACCACAGCGGCCACCACCUGAACCUUAGCCUGAACAUGGGUCACCAUGCCGCCAAGAUGCACCAGUGACCCUUGGACAACAGCAGCGCUGGCGCCAUGGGCUUUGCCACCUACUAGCAGUUAGCCAAUCCGAGUUCGGGUAACCCCAGCUCGAAUCCCAACCCCAUGUCCGAUCCGAACCACCAUCAUCUAAUCAAGAACGAGCUGGCCAUGGACUUUCCAUGCUAGUCCAGCGAUAGGAAGGGUCCAGCGACUCCAGCCAGGCCGAGUUCAGUCGGUUGAAUGUACAAAACCCAGAGAUCUCUAGCAUGCGGGAUAGGAAUAUGUCACCAGAUAGAGGAGCAGGAUGACGACGAGGACGAGGACGAGGAUGAGGAUGAAGAUGAGCAGCUGCCCAGAAGUGCGCAGGCGUCGCUGAUGUGCGGUGCGUCGUGUGUGACCAAGUGACGUGGAUGGAAAUGCAGUUUAUUAUUAAGCCAGUUCUACGGAUCGCAGAGAUCCAAAACCCAACACGAUAAUGCAGCUUAGUUCGGUAGUUGAAUAUAGAUACGAGUAAGAUGAAGAAUAAGCAGCAGCAGCAGCAGUAGCAGUAGCAGAUGCACUUGAAAUUCGCAACUGUACGAAAAUAUAUGUAUGUACGUAUUUCUCUCAACGCUCUCAUUAGCCUAGGCGAGCACUAUGAAUUUUCCGAACUAUAAAUUAUGAAUAUGAAUAUACUUAAACGUCAGUGAAUAUAACCCCGCAUAAAUUAUGAAUACACGCGUUCGAGUAGUAGAUUUUACCAUACCUAUCCAUGUAAGAGCCAGAAGGCCAGAAGGCGGCUGAGUUAGCCAGAGCAGCAGAGCAGCAAAACAGCAAAACAGCAGAGCACAUUUUAGACCCAGAUAAAUGUUCUUGAAACACACAAACAAAUUGUUUAACAAUUUUCGGAGCCCUCACAACCCCGCAAACAAGAAGACACACUCCGCAGUCUAGGAUAAAUUUUGUCGUGUAAUGUUCGUCGUGUCGUGUCCUUUGAUACCUUCUAAGUUCCUGUAUAUAAACUAUAACACAUUGCGCUGAUUUCCGGCCGAAGCAAGCACUCGAUAACUAAAUUACAUCGGAUAUAUAUAUAUGCGUACACGCAGAGAUAUUCAAUAUUUGUAUAAUAUGAACUCGGAUUCGAUUUUAGCAAAUGGUAAUUGUAAGUUGCAAAUAUUUCAACGAGUGUGUGCAUGUUUACCCCAUAGUUGAAGUCGCUUUCGAAUUAAAUUAACUCUAAAACCAAGGAAACGAAACACUAAACAAAACUACUCGUAAAGCUAAAGCAACAAAAACUUAAAGAUACACACACUUUACAGAAGUAAGCGAGUGUGAAAACGAUGGAGGGGAAAUGUCGGGGAGAUGUCGGUGAGGAGUAAUUAGCAUACCGUAACAGCUACUUACAUAUAUAACAUACACAUAGUACAUAUAGUAAUCGUACAUAUGCAUACAUAUAUUUUCAUGUGUAUCGCCGCCGCUUGAUCCUGAUAUUAAGUCUAAGUUUAGUUGUGUUGUGUAAUUAUCGAUUUUGUUAAUGUUUUGCCCCGAGCAUUAUAUUAUAUUAUGCUAACCUAUACCUAUACCUACACCUACACCUACACCUAUGCCUAUCAUUACAUGUGUAUAAUUAGCCUAUACAUACUUGAUGAAGAAAUGAUUUCACCCACUGCUUUAUUCAUGUUCUUGUAUUAUUAUUAUUUCGAGUCCUCGAUAAGUUGUAGUCUAAAGUCGGUUAUGUUUAUGAUUAUGUUCGAUUAUAGUUUGUUUAGUGAAUUUUAAUCUAGCGUUAGCAAUUCUCUUUUUUAAAAAGUUAAUUAUUGUGAAUAAAAUACAACAAGUUGCAGAAGUGCAAAAAUAUACACACAAUUCAAAAUAUCCCAACUACUUCGCGGAAUUCUUCUUGCCGCCCCUUCCAUCCAACCCCCAUUUUUGGUAUCCUUUGGUUUAUCCACAUCCUUUCCGUUCUUCAACCAUUAUUUCGGUAAGUACACCAAAGAGGAGGAUGUUAACACAUCGCAAGCGACCUCUCACCAUCGAAUUUAUUCAUAGACAUCCAGAUACUCGUACUCGUACAAAACGUAAAGCAAAAUACGUAUGUACUGCACUUACUCGUAGGCGAUCAGCUCGUAAUCGCCACUUCCUCAGACAAAAAUAAAAAUCUGAUUCAGUACACUUUCUGAAUGGUUUCAUUUCGAUCUUUUUGGUUU